CUGCAGACCGGGACCGACCCCGGAGUCCGUCCCCGCCGCUGAUACGCGCGCACACGCUCGCCAGUCCGCUCCACGCACGGGCGUUUCAUUGUUUUUGUGGGUGUCACCGCCGCAGCGGGAGGUCCCCGCUUCACUUCGGCCAUGGCGCAGCGGAGGGAGUCCGGACGCGUCCGGCUCGGGUGAAGGACGCGCGUGCGCAUCGGACAACGAACACAGCUUUGAUCGCGUGAAUCGUGUAGCUCUCUCUUGGCCCCGGGACGCAGCGAGGAAUCCCCGCGCUGCCGGCGGGUGCGCAUUGCUCGGAGGGGCGGUGUAAACAGCAGCAGCAGCAGCAGCCAUGAUGGAUGCGGCGGAGUGCGGGGUGAGGGUGAUGUGCCGCUUCAGGCCCCUCAACGAGUCCGAGAUAAACCGAGGAGACAAGUACAUCCCCAAAUUCAAGGAGGACGACACGGUGGUCAUAACGAGUAAACCCUACGUGUUCGACCGAGUGCUGCCUCCCAACACGUCCCAGGAGCAGGUGUACGACCAGUGCGCCAAACAGAUAGUCAAAGAUGUGCUGGGCGGCUACAACGGGACCAUCUUCGCCUACGGACAGACGUCCUCCGGGAAGACACACACCAUGGAGGGCAAACUGCACGACCACCAGCUGAUGGGAAUCAUCCCUCGCAUCGCCCACGACAUCUUUGACCACAUCUACUCCAUGGACGAGAACCUGGAGUUCCACAUCAAGGUUUCGUAUUUCGAAAUCUACUUGGACAAGAUCAGGGACCUGCUGGAUGUGUCGAAGACCAACCUGGCUGUGCACGAAGACAAAAACCGGGUUCCCUACGUGAAGGGUUGUACUGAGCGGUUCGUGUCCAGUCCAGAGGAAGUCAUGGACGUCAUCGAUGAGGGCAAAAACAAUCGGCAUGUGGCCGUGACUAACAUGAAUGAGCACAGCUCUCGCAGCCACAGCAUAUUCCUCAUCACCAUCAAGCAGGAGAACAUGGAGACGGAGAAGAAGCUGUCGGGGAAGCUCUACCUGGUGGACCUGGCGGGCAGCGAGAAGGUCAGCAAGACGGGAGCCGAGGGGGCCGUGUUGGACGAGGCCAAGAACAUCAACAAGUCCCUGUCGGCGCUGGGGAACGUCAUAUCGGCUCUCGCCGAGGGAACGAAGUCCCACGUGCCGUACCGGGACAGCAAGAUGACCCGCAUCCUGCAGGACUCUCUGGGGGGGAACUGUCGCACCACCAUCAUCAUCUGCUGCUCGCCGUCCGUCUACAACGAGGCCGAGACCAAGUCCACGCUCAUGUUCGGGCAGAGAGCCAAGACCAUCAAGAACACAGUGUCUGUGAACCUGGAGCUGACGGCCGAGGAGUGGAAGAAGAAAUACGAGAAGCAGAAGGAGAAGAACAAGAGCCUGAAAGGCAUCAUCCAGAGGCUGGAGGCGGAGCUGAACCGCUGGAGGAACGGGGAGGACGUCCCCGAGGAGGAGCAGCUGAGCUCCAAAGAUCAGAAGAGCGUCGAGGCGUGCGACAACACGCCCGUGAUCGACAACCUGCUGCCGCCCGACGGAGGCGUCUCCGUCUUCGGGGACGAGGGCGGCAAAUACGAGGAGGACAUCAGCAACCUGUACAAGCAGCUGGAUGACAAGGAUGAUGAGAUUAACCAACAGAGUCAGCUGGCUGAGAAACUCAAGGAGCAGAUGAUGGACCAGGAAGAGCUGCUGGCGUCGACGAGGCGUGACUACGAGAAGAUCCAGGAGGAGCUGUGUCGGCUGCAGGCGGAGAACGAGAUGGCCAAGGAGGAGGUGAAGGAGGUGCUGCAGGCCCUGGAGGAGCUGGCCGUCAACUACGACCAGAAGAGCCAGGAGGUGGUGGAGAGGGAUGGAAGCAACCUGCAGCUGAUCGAGGAGCUGCACCAAAAGACGGCGCUGCUGGCGGCGGUGCAGAGGGAGCUGAGUCAGCUGCAGGAGCUGAACGGCCUCCAGAGGAAGAGAGCCGCCGAGGUCCUCAACCUGCUGCUGCGUGACCUCGGCGAAAUCGGCGCCAUCAUCGGCAACGGCGACGCCAAGAUCAGCGCGUCUUCGGAGACGAAGGGGAACGGCUCGGCGGUGGAGGAGGAGUUCACCAUCGCUCGCCUCUACAUCAGCAAGAUGAAGUCCGAGGUCAAGUCUCUGGUGAACCGCGGCAAGCAGCUGGAGAGCGCGCAGGCCGACGCCCACCGCAAGAUCCAGGCCAAUGAGAAGGAGCUGGCGUCCUGUCAGCUUCUCAUCUCCCAGCACCAGGCCAAGAUCAAGUCUCUGAGCGACUACAUGCAGAACAUGGAGCAGAAGAAGAGGCAGCUGGAGGAGAGUCAGGACGCCCUGACCGAGGAGCUCACCAUCCUGCAGGCUCAGGAGAAAAGACACGAGGCGUUAGGGAAGGAGAAGGAGAAGGAGGACAUCAGUAGACCAGGUGGAGACGAGGACAUGAAGAAGACGCUGGAGGAGCAGCUGGAGAACCACAGGGAGGCCCACCAGAAGCAGCUCAGCCGCCUGCGAGACGAGAUUGAAGACAAGCAGAGGGUGCAGGACGAACUCACAGAUCUGAACCAGCGCUUGUUAUUGGAGCAGGAGAGACUCGUGUCGGACUACGACAAACUGAAGGCCGAGGAGCAGGAGAAGGAUGCAAAGCUACAAAAACUCAUACUGCUGAAUGAAGAGAGCGAGCAGGCCAGAGAGGACUUGAAGGGCCUGGAGGAGACUGUGGCCAAGGAGCUGCAGACUCUGCACAACCUGCGCAAACUCUUUGUUCUGGAUCUCACCACGCGGGUGAAGAAGAGUGCAGAGCUGGACUGUGAGGAGGGGAUAGGAAACAUGGCCCAGAAACAGAAGAUCUCCUUCCUGGAGAACAACUUGGAACAGCUCACCAAGGUCCACAAGCAGCUGGUUCGAGACAACGCGGACCUCCGCUGCGAGCUGCCCAAGCUGGAGAAGCGUCUGAGGGCCACGGCCGAGCGGGUCAAAGCCCUGGAGAACGCACUGAAGGAGGCCAAGGAGAGCGCCAUGAGGGACCGCAAGCGCUACGAGCAGGAAGUGGACCGCAUCAAAGAGGCCGUCCGGGCCAAGAACAUGGCGAGGAGGGGGUUCUCUGCGCAGAUCGCGAAGCCCAUCCGACCCGGCCAUCACCCGCCGUCAUCCCCCAUCUGCAGCUCCAUCAGAACCGGCGCCGUCUACGGCCACAACUAAAGCCGGCGCCGCCGCAGCAACUUCACCCUAAACAAGACAUAAAACGUCCAACAAUCUUCCUGCAGACUGAACGACUGACGCAUGCCCAUCGCCCCGACCGGAUCCACAAGCCCCGCCCCUUCUGCUGGAGCACCAAUGAGAGGCCAUCACCACAGACUGUCAGCCGCCCUGAGAAGAAACAUCCACUGUGUAUUUACUCAUAUGAGCUGUGAACACGUUUCAUUUGAUAUCAGAGGCCUCAUUUAGGAAAUGUCCCACAUCACGUUUUCAGAAAAAAAAGAUCAAAAGCAUUGAGCCUUCUCCUGAUUACAUUUGUAUUUAUAUGUAUGCAUUCUGUUGCAUAAUUACAAGUGUACGAUCUAUAAAUGAGGCCCUGAUUGAGAAAUGUUGCGUUGACGUGAUUGUGACCAAAGCUGGAAGAGGCCGACGCAGCAGCGACACGUUACGAUGUCAGUUUACUGAUCUUAACCCGGCAUUCGUCCAUUUGAAAGAAUCUGUUCAUAUUUUUCUUGUAUAUUCACACCAAUAUCAAUAUGCAGAGUGGUAUCAGAAUAUCUAAGUCUCUGUGAAAAAGCUAAUAAUGUCCCAAAAUGUCAAAGCAUUCCUUUCAGCAGGACGUGUUUUUCUGAAACCUUUGAGUUUCCCACCUUGAUGAAGUUGGAGGUCACAGCUGGUUAUAAUCAACACGCACACGGCUUGUUAAAUGUUGCGUUGAAGCGUUUCCCCACUGACGCCUGAUAUAUCGAUGCUAAUGUGCUGGAGUGUUGGACAUUUUCCCAGUUACUUCUUUUGUCCCCCAAUUGGUGACAAUCAUCUAAAAAUGAAUCACCACGAAGCUUAGAAGAGAGGCGUCCCCUGCUGAGGCGUGUCUGCAGGAAGCAGGUGUUCAAUGACUGUAGGCCUCCAUAACUGAGCAUUACUUCUUGUUGUGGUUGAAUGUACGUGUACGCUGCAGGGACACUGACCAGCCAAUCAGACGCUCCCGGGGCCGAGCAGUACGACACGAAGGCUUCUCAUGGUUUCACACUGCAACAGAAACAACAGAACAGAAAAGCCUCCUUGCACAUCCAGGAUGUUUCCAGUCCUGUAAAGUGUUGCACUUACUCUGUAAAGCUCCUGAUCAGCCAAUCAGAGAGCUUAGAAACGGGGCGGUGACUCAUCAAUCACGGAGAAAAGUCGGCUUUUCACUCUGCCACACCUUGUGCCUUUAGAAACACCUGAACGUAUACGUGUAUUAUUUCCACAGGUAGAAACACCACUUCCUAAAUUUAAAGCAGAAGAUUGUAAUGGAUGAGAGCCCAUCGGCCUUUGAUCAAACAUCUACAGACGAUAUUCUCCGUCGCUGAGAGCGAUGACGAAGGGGGAAACUUUCUAGUGGCGGCACUCUGAGCAGAUUAUCAGCAUCUUCAUUUCACGCGCAAUUGUUUGAUUGUGUCCGUUUUGAGGGAGCUGCAGUCACUGUACAUGAAGACGAAUUCAUUGAAUUAAGAUGAAAUGAAUGUACCUGCAUGGCUCUUGUGUUAAAGGCAUGCUCAGGGAGGACCAGCUGAGGCCAUAACGAUGUACAUUUUGUUGGUAAAACGCUGUUUGUUUUGGCAUCUUAUCUCUGAAUAUACCUUCAUCUGAUGCGAUUAAAAGAUAAUAUUAAUCCAA